AUGUCAAGUAAUCUACAAACUUUACCUUUACCAGCAAGUACCUUUGCGAAUAAACAAAGAUUAGGAAAAUAUUUUAUAAAUUCAAAAAGAACCGUAUUCAACACCUCAAUCUUAUAUUUGAUCAUUACUCUUGCUGUAACUUUUGUUAACAAAUUACUCUUUGCAAAUUCUGAAUAUAAAUUUCCUUAUCCUAUUUUUACUGUAUUUUUUCAACUUGUAAUUACUUUUAUAUUUAUAACACUAUGGACUAUAAUUAAGCCCUUUCCUUAUUUUUUCAAUGUUCCAACAAGAUUUCAAUGGAACUUUGUUAUAGCAAAGCAUGUUGCGCCACUUACUCUCAGUUACAUUUGUGUUAUUGUUUACAAUCCUCUCUUUUUAAGAUAUGUCGAGAUCACAACUUAUCACUUUUCUCAUUCUUUAUCUAUUGCAUUUUCGAUUUUAUUUUCUACUUUUAUGUUAAAGGUGAAUAUUCCAUAUCCUGUUCAGACGGCAGCCAUUAUUAUUAUUUUUGGUAUCUGCACUGGAUCCAUGGGCAAUCUUAAUUUCUCCUUUGUAAGUCUAUUUUAUAGUUUGGCUUGGCCAUUCAUAGUUGCUUUAUAUGGUAUUUAUUUAAAAAAGGCAUUAGUUUAUUUAAAAAACAAUCUAUGGUGCCUUCUGCAAUACAAUACUAUUAUGUCUAUUGCUUUUAUGAUACCUAUUGUUUUAUUGUCAGGCGAAUUAAAAGAAAUCCUUUCAACUGUUUGGUUUUGGGAUGAAAUUGGAUUUUGGAUACAAAUGAUAAUUACUGCUAUGACUGGAUUUUGUGUUAAUAUCAUCAUGAUGGUUUUCCUUAUACAAACAUCGCCAUUAUCCUUAACGAUCAUUAGUGUAUCGAAGACUAUAAUACAAGCAUUUAUUGCUGUAUUCAUAUUUGAUAAUCGAAUGACUUUAUUAAAUACGUCAGGCUUUUUAAUUGCAUUGGCCGGAUCAUGUUAUUACGCAUAUUUAAAAUCAAAUGAAAAGGAUUUAGUAUCUGUAUACCAAUAA